AUGGCGGCGCCGUGGCGUGCGGCGUGGCCGUGGGCGGUGCUUGUGGCGGUGUCGGUGGCGGCAGUGACGACGACGGCGAGGACGAAGGAGUGCACGAACAUCCCGACGGAGCUGUCGUCGCACACGGUGCGGGCGCGGCUGCAGGCGUCGCCGGGAGAGGGAGCGGCGGAGUGGCGGUGGCGCGAGCUGUUCCACGAGCACCUCAACCCCACCGACGAGGCCGCGUGGAUGGACCUCAUGCCGCCGCCGAAGGGAUCCCUCCACGCCUCCGCCGCCGCGGGGCACCACCACCACCACCUGGAGGAGGCGGAGGAGCUCGACUGGGUGAUGCUCUACCGCUCGCUCAAGGGCCAGCUGGUGGGCGACGCCGCCGCCGGGGCCGGGCCCGGGCCGUUCCUGGAGGAGGUGUCCCUGCACGACGUGCGGCUGGACCCCGACGGCGACGACGCGGCGUACGGGCGCGCGCAGCGGACGAACCUCGAGUACCUGCUGCUGCUGGACGUGGACCGCCUCGUCUGGAGCUUCCGCUCCCAGGCGGGGCUGCCGGCGCCCGGAAACCCCUACGGCGGCUGGGAGAAGCCUGACAGCGAGCUCAGGGGCCACUUCGUCGGUCACUACCUGAGCGCGACGGCCAAGAUGUGGGCGAGCACCCACAACGGCACGCUCGCCGGCAAGAUGGCGGCGGUGGUGGACGCGCUUGACGAGUGCCAGCGUGCCGCCGGCACGGGCUACCUCUCCGCUUUCCCCACCGAGUUCUUCGACCGCUUUGAGGCCAUCAAGCCCGUCUGGGCGCCCUACUACACCAUCCACAAGAUCAUGCAGGGCCUCCUCGACCAGCACGUGGUGGCCGGCAACGGCAAGGCGCUGGGUAUGGUGGUCGCCAUGGCCGACUACUUCACCGGCCGGGUCAGGAACGUCAUCCGGAGGUACAGCAUCGAGCGCCACUGGACGUCGCUCAACGAGGAGACCGGAGGGAUGAACGACGUGCUCUACCAGCUCUACACCAUCACGCACGAUCAGAGGCAUCUGGUGCUGGCCCAUCUUUUCGACAAGCCAUGCUUCCUGGGGUUGCUUGCAGUGCAGGCUGACAGUCUUUCGAAUUUCCAUGCCAACACACAUAUUCCGGUUGUCAUUGGCGGGCAGAUGAGAUAUGAAGUUACAGGUGAUCCUCUUUACAAGGAAAUUGCAACAUUCUUCAUGGACACAGUGAAUUCUUCUCACGCAUAUGCAACUGGUGGUACAUCUGUCAGUGAAUUCUGGUCCGAUCCAAAGCGUUUAGCUGAAGCUCUGACCACUGAGACCGAGGAGUCCUGCACAACUUACAACAUGCUCAAGGUCUCACGCCAUCUGUUCAGAUGGACGAAGGAGAUCGCGUACGCGGACUACUACGAACGAGCACUAAUCAAUGGCGUGCUGAGCAUCCAGAGAGGCAGAGAUCCUGGAGUGAUGAUCUACAUGCUGCCCCAAGGCCCUGGGAGAUCAAAGGCAAAGAGCUACCAUGGUUGGGGAACUCAGUAUGAAUCAUUCUGGUGCUGCUAUGGCACUGGGAUAGAGUCGUUCUCCAAGCUGGGGGAUUCCAUUUACUUUGAGGAGAAAGGUGAGAGACCAGCGCUAUAUAUUAUUCAGUUCAUACCGAGUACGUUCAAUUGGAGGACUGCAGGCCUUACUGUCACACAGCAACUGAUGCCACUCAGCUCAUGGGAUCAGUAUCUUCAGGUCUCAUUCUCCAUAUCUGCAAAGACAGACGGUCAGUUUGCGACAUUGAACGUGAGAAUACCAUCAUGGACAUCUUUGAAUGGUGCAAAGGCAACAUUGAAUGACAAAGAUCUGGAAUUAGCAUCUCCAGGGACAUUCCUCACUAUCAGCAAGCAGUGGGGUAGUGGUGAUCGGUUGUCACUCCAAUUACCUAUCCACCUAAGGACUGAAGCAAUAAAAGAUGAUCGGCCGGAGUACGCAUCUAUACAAGCAGUCCUGUUCGGGCCGUUCCUCCUCGCCGGCCUCACCACCGGAGAUUGGGACGCCAAGACCGGCGCCGCCACCGCCGCGGCCACCGACUGGAUCACCCCCGUCCCUCCGGAGUCCAACUCCCAGCUGGUGACGCUCGCGCAAGAGUCCGACGGCAAGGCCUUCGUCCUCUCCGCCGUGAACGGCUCCCUGACGAUGCAGCAGCGGCCCAAAGACAGCGGCGGCACCGACGCCGCCGUCCACGCGACGUUGAGACUCGUCCCGCAGGGCGGCGCCACCGCCACGAACUCGACGGCUGCCGCGACGCUCGAGCCGUUGGACAUGCCGGGGAUGGUGGUCACGGACAUGCUCACGGUGUCCGCGGAGAAGAGCUCGGGCGCUCAGUUCAACGUCGUGCCGGGACUCGCCGGCGUGCCCGGCUCGGUGUCCCUGGAGCUCGGGUCCAGGCCGGGGUGCUUCUUGGUCGCCGGCGGCAGCGGCGAGAAGGUCCAGGUGGGCUGUACCGGUGGUGGUGUUCAGAAGCACGGCAACGGCGGGGACUGGUUCCGGCAGGCGGCGAGCUUCGCGCGGGGCGAGCCGCUGCGGCGGUACCACCCGAUGAGCUUCGCCGCCAGAGGGGUCAAGAGGAGCUUCCUCCUGGAGCCAUUGUUCACCUUGAGGGACGAGUUCUACACCAUCUACUUCAACCUUGUAGCAUGA